AUGAAGGAGAAGAUGACCAGUUCAGGACGAACGCAGGCCCUUGCCGAGACGCCCUUCCAAGACUUCAAGCACUUGGCGAAAGACAGCUCAUGGCUCAACGACGCCAACAAUGCGGAGGUGCUCCUGGAUAAGAUGAACAGCCCGGAGUACUACGGAGACGACCAGGAGGAGCACUUGCUGUCAGCCUUGUCUCGCCUGACCUACCACCUCAAAAGACAACGUCAGGAGACAGCCAGGCAGUUCUUGGCGAGAUGGGAGACGGCCGAGCGGAAGGUGAAGGAGCACAAGGUGGACCUCCCGAGCGUGUACAGGGGCUUCUUGUUGAUUAAUGCCUUGGGCUUGUCCGAGGGAGAUAUCAAGGCCUUGCUGAACUACACGCAUGGUUCCAUCGAGCCGAAGGCCAAUCAGCUCGGCACGGACGGCCAAAGCACCAAGACCCGGACCUCGACUACCGCCUCGUCGACUAGCAGCGCUCAUCUUAUGGAAGAUGCCAAGGACGGGGACUAUAAGGAGGAGCCGGACGAGGUCAAAGAGAUGGAGGCUUUCUUGGCUGACCUGGAAGGGUCAGAGACGGAGAACUACGACGACACCGGCACCUUGGAGGAGGCCGAGACUGCCGAGAUCCUGUCGGUGAUGCUCAAGGAGCGGAAGAAGAAGACUUUCGUUCAGUCGAAUCAACUGAGGAAAGAGAAGGAGCUCUCCCGGGGCUAUGGACA